UCUAUCUAUUUCUCUUCAAUCAAAACUAUUCAAGAGACCAUGUUUAGAGCUUUCAGCACCAGAAGAUAUGAAAGAUUGGGCGGCGCCGGCGACGGAGGAAUCGACCACCACCACCACCACUACCAGCCGUCUUCACUCGGCGGUGGCGAUAUGUUCAAUGCCAAGUUGAGAAGGGUCACAAGCUUGCCGGUCAAAUUUCUCACAUCUGCAUCCCGAAAAGUAGGGUCGGAUUCCAAUUUUGUUAAUUCUCCGACUAAGCCGACUGUUAAUUCUCCGGCCAAACCGACGGCGGCGGCGAAAAAGGCGGCGGGGAAGGUUCAUCCUAUAUUGAGUCUGUUGGAUCCCCGGCGGAGGAAGAAGGCGACGGCCAAGCCGGAGUUUGCAAGGUACUUGCAGUAUCUCAAGGAAGGAGGUGUUUGGGAUGCCAAAUCUGAUAAGCCAUCAAUUUACUAGUGAUCAUGAUAUUCAUUUUUUAUCAUUUUAAGGUUCAAAUCUUAUUGGAAAUUUCUUGAAUAUUGUUUUCGAUUGAAUUUUUUUAAUUUAGUUUAAUUAGUUUUUGUUUUUAAAUUUGUGAGGAAAAAAGGAAUCAUAAUUAUGUUAAGAGAGAAUUGAAGGAAUUUAGAGAUAUGUAAUCAAUAUUAAUUAUUGAUAAAAAGGAUGGGAAUUUGGUUUGUUUAUUUCACUAUUACUCUU